GCUAUGUUUUUUUUUGUUAAGAAGGCACCCAGCGGCGGCGCCUGAGUCCAAGGCUUUGGCGCUUUAGACAUAUCAAAAAACACAAUAUUGUUGUAAAUACUUUUAAAAACACAAUGUUCGUGGUAAAUUAAAAAAAACAAUAUUUAGGGAAUUAACCCGAUGUACGCUACAUUAAAAUAAAUUUAAUUAAAACUAAUUAAUUAAAGAAAAGGAAAGCAGUUAUAAUUUAUCAAUUUAAUUAUAACUAAUCGUUUUGCAAAUGACGUCGGGGUUUUGUGUGUGUGUCUUGGUUUGAGGAAAAAAAUGAAAAUGACAAAUAUAAUUACUAUUAUGUCCCUGCCGAAAAUUAAGGAGAAGUCAACAAAUUCAAAACGAAGAAAAGUUGAUAAAACUCGACUAUAUUGUAUUGGAGGAUUAUUUGAUUUACCAGAAGACAAAUCAAUAAUUCGUCUUUACCUUUCCCUAUCGGCAAUGACUCACCACCCAAACCCCACCCUUCUCCUUCCCGCAGAAUCCCAAACGGAACACCAGAUCACUCCCAAACACCUCGUCGACAGUGGCCAACCCAAGCAAAAUAGAGAAACCUCUUUCCAUCGUCAAUUAAUUUAAUUAUUAGCACUACAAAGUAAUGUUUAAGAUUGUGUUUACAAUGAUUAUGCAACAAGAUAGUCCCCUCAUCCAUCUGUUAUGAUUUCUUCCCCUUUCGGUGUAUGAUGGUAAAUAUGAGAGAAAGGUUGUGCUUCUUCUUCAAUUACGAUCGACAACACCGGGUAAACCACAGUCGAAACCGCUCCAUAACUUCCCUGUCUCGCUGAAAUGGGGCAAAAUUGCGCUUGCAGCCGGUGGAAGCAACAGCACCUAUCGUCUUACUCCGCCGCCGCUACCGAAUGAAUCUAAGAUGGAUUCCGAUCCUGAUGCUUUUCGAAGGCACCACCGUCUGUUUUUGUUUAUAAAAAUUCAAACAAUGUAGAGUGGAGGGGUAGUCGAAGACUCUGGCGCCGGUGGCCGGAGGCACUGACGCAGGGAGAAGAGAUGAUGGGAAGAUGAGGCACCUAUCGUCCUACAAUCUAUUGAUGUGCGAUGUACAUGGGUACGGUGACAACCCCUUGGGGGUUGUCAGAUUCACAACCACCUUUGUGGCCAUCAGAUACGUUCUCUCUCCUGUCUUUUUCUUCUUUUUUUAAAUUAAUGGUUAAGAUUAAACCAAGGGCAAAUUCGGAAUGGAAAACUUACCACAUGAGAUCCUUUCCAUUUUCCAUAUAAAUACUUUUUAUUACCCAAAAAAAAAAACAGACCCUCCCCCAUUCUCCUGCGUCUCCCUCCUCUUCCCCUCUCACAUAUCUCUAACAAAAAAACCCUAGCGGUCAAGAGCUCCACCACCGUCGCCGCCUCUGCCUCCCCUGCCGCCGCGCCGCUGUCCUCCCCGCGCCGCUGUCCUUCCCCGUGCCCACCGUUCACAGCCUGCUGUACCCGCCAUCAUGAUCGAGAUCUACGCCGCCGCCUGGCUCCGCGACGUCCAGAUCGGCUCCGUCCGCGUUCUCAUCAGCAACGUCCAUAUCGACGUCCAGAUCGUCUCUACACCAAGCUCUCUGCCUCCGGCGUCGGCUUCAACGACCUCCUCGACGCCAAGGCCACCGCCGGGGGUGCGAAGAAUCUCGAGGAGAAGACUGCCAAUGCUAGUGGUACCAAUUCCUAUUGGUACGAUACCACUACUCACUGGUACAUACCAGUGGCUCCCCUACCACUACUCACUGGUACCACUAUCAUCUGGUACCACUAUCAUCUAAUACCACUAUUAUCUGUUUUUUUGUGUUAUUCUCUACUGCUACCGCUACCAAUGCUAGUGGUAGCGCUACCAGUGCUAGUAGCGUUGUGUUAUUCUCUACUGGUAGCGUUGUACUGGUAGCGUACCACUAGUAUUGGUACAUUUUUUACUGGUACCGCUAGUACUAGUACAUUUUUUAACGUACUGGUAGCGUACCACUAGCACUGGUAUAUUAAUUACCAGUAGACUAAUAGAUUGGUACACUUUUUAACGCAUUGGUACAUUUUUUCAGGUUGCCGGAGGGAGUCUGCCGGAGAGAAUUCGCCAGAGAAAAAGUUUGUCAGUCGAUGCGGAGUGGCUGCUGGAGAAAGGAAGAGAGAGAGAGAGAUAGAUAGAGAUAUUAAUGUAUAAGAUUUAAAUUUCAGAAAAAAAUUAUAUUUAAUAUGGGUAUUAAAUUCCCAAUAUAAUUAAUACAAAAAAGGUAAUUAAUAUAUUCAUUUUUUUCAUACCCAAAAUACCCUUGGUUGUGAAUCUGACAACCCCCAAGGGGGUUGUCACCGUAUCCUGUCCCAUAGAUGAUGGGGAGAUGGAGGAGAAUGGGAAACCCUAGGGAGAGGAAAGGAGAGGAGCCGCGGCGAUGGAUGGUGUAGCAGAAAGAUUGGGCUUUAGUUUUUAAUUUUUAAUUACUAGUGUUAGGGAAACAAAAUAAUUAAAUCGAAAACAAAAGUAUUUAGAAUAAAAAGGGGCAAUUAAGUCAUUGUCUAGUCCAUUUAACGAUCAUUUAACAGAAAAUUAGACGAAAGAGUAUAUUUGUUACGUUUUAAUAUUAAAAGAGUACGUUUGUGCAUAAGUUUAGAAGAGGGGUACGUUUGUUAAUUUGCAAUAGUAAAGGGGUACAAAAAUGCUAUUAAUUAAUUAUUAACCCUUAAAAGAACAAGCAACUUUUUAACUAUUCCUUAGAGUCACAUCCAAGGAGUGUCAUUUUUGUUAUUUUGUACAUCUUAAUAUGUGACCAUUUAUCAUUAACCAUAAGUUUAGGGACUUUUGGGGUUAUUGUAAUUUUCACUACACGAAUUUAUUUCCUUUUCAAAUAGAUUCAAACUAAUACAACCCGGUUUGAAACCUGGUAUUUUUUUGUGUCGGGAACGAGUUUAAAUUUUAUUUCCUUUUAUUUUGUUCAGCGAGUUGAACUCAAUCCCAACGAUUGGGUUGGGUGUGCAAUUUUGCGACAACAACGAGUUUAUAGGGACUUUUAGGGUUUAGGGUUAUGAAUGAAUUUUAUCUAUUUUUGUAAUCAUUGAAUGAGACUUUUAGGGUUAUGAAUGAAUUUUAUCCACUUUUGUAAUCAUUGAGUUAGGUCGAGAACGCAUUAUACCCGCCUUUUCCAACCCGAUAUCGGUGUUAUCAAAUUUAGACUGGGAACGAAUUCUACCCGCUUUUGUAAUUAACGAAUUGGGUCAUUAAUCAAAUGUUUUAAAUAUCUUAUGACAAUUGAACCCAAAAAAUUUAUCCACUUUUGUAAUCAUUGAAUUGGGUCGAGAACGCAUUAUACCCGCCUUUUCCAACCCAGUAUAUGUGUUGCCAAAUUUUAGGCCGGGAACGAAUUUUAAGGUUAUGAAUGAAUGUUAUCCACUUUUGUAAUCAUUGAAUUGGGUCGAGAACGCAUUAUACCCGCCUUUUCCAACCCUGUAUCGGUAUUGCCAAAUUUUAGGUCGGGAACGAACGUUACCCACUUUUGUGAUUAACAAAUUUGGUCAUUAAUC